AAAAGAAAAAGAAAAAAAAAAAAACAUGUGUAGAAGAAGCAAUAUCCCGGUGAUAGACAUGGGGGAUUUGGCCCGGGAUGCUAUUAUUGGGGCGUGCGAGGAGUGGGGUUGUUUCAGGAUUGUCAAUUUUGGUGGGUUUUUGCAGGAAUCUUUGAUGAUGGAGAUGAAGUGUGUGGUGAAGUCGCUGCUUGAGCUUCCCGUUGAGAUCAAGUCCAGGAACACUGACGUGGCGAUUGCUGGGAGUGGGUAUAUGCCUCCUUCCCAAAUCAAUCCCCUUUACCAGGCAUUGGGCCUUUAUGAUAUGGCCUCUCCUCUUGCUGUUAACGCAUUCUGCGACAAUUUGGAAGCAACUCCACACCAAAGGUCAGUUAUCCUAAACUAUGCGAAAGCAGUGAACAAGCUGAUGGCCGAUAUUGCGGCAAAAAUCGGGCAAAGCCUUGGGCUUAUUAACGGGCUCUCCAUAGAGGAUUGGGCUUGCCAGUUUAGGAUUAACAAAUACGAUUUUACCCCUGAGACUGUGAAUUCUCCUGGAGUACAACUCCACACAGACUCUAGCUUCCUUACUGUGCUUCAAGAUGAUGACGUCAUUGGUGGGCUUGAAGUGAUGAAAAGAUGUGGAGAAUUUGUGGCCGUUGAUCCCUGCCCUGGAACUCUUCUUGUCAAUCUUGGUGAUAUUGCUGCUGUGUGGAGCAACGGGAGAUUCUUGAACGUUAAACACAGAGUUAUGUGCAAGGAAGCGGGCCUGAGAAUCUCAGUUGCUUCAUUUUUGUUGGGACCAAAGGAGGAUAUUAUAGAGGCGCCAUCAGAAAUCAUCAGGUCAGAAAAUCCUCGUUUGUUUGUCCCUUUCACCUAUAAAGAAUAUAGACAACUCAGAGUAUCUAAACGACUGCAGACUGGCGAAACUCUUGAUUGCUUUCGAUUAGAACACUUAUAUAUCAACUCAUCCACUCCCCCUACAUUCCCAAAUCGCUCGUCGACUUCCUCACGAACCCUAGCUACACGUUUGUCGGGAUCGGCGUGGAUCAGGACCUGGAGAAGAUCGGGGAGAAUUAUGAGUUCGGGUUCAACACCAACACAGUGGAGGACCUGGAGAAGAUCGGGAAAAUUACGAGUGGAUUUGAGGGGCAUAGCGGCGGAGAGGUACGGGAGGGCAGAGCUGAACUGUGUGGGGCUGAGAACCCUCAUCGGCGUUGUGCUGGAGAGGGAUGGAGAACCCGAGGGCGGUUACGAUGAGCAGAUGGGACAAUCAGUGGCUGACGCCGGCUCAGGUAAAAAGAAGCUUUGGUAUGGGAAAUCAAGAGGGAGCAAAGCAAGACGGUGAAUUGUUCGAGUUUCAACAUUUUAUUAUGAAUUUGUGAUAGAAACUAUAAGUUCUUAUUUCUUUUUAUUAUGUUAUUGGAAUUUCAACAUUUUAUUCAUUUUGUAUAUUUAUUGUGGAUAUUAUAACUGUUCGAGUUUGAUUAUAAUAAAUUUUGUUUCACUA